UUUUCACGAAACAUCAGCUCCAGCUUUUCGUCGAAUUUUUCCUGCAAAAUCAAUGAAUUAAAAGUGAAAAUAUCGCAAAAUGACGACGCAAAAGCCAAGUGAAUGGGCGAUAUGUUUGCUCGGGCGUUUCGAGGAGCAGUUGCCAUAUCGCACUGGCCCGCACGGAACACAGGCAAGACUGCAAAUCGACCAAACGAUGGCAUGUCUCAUCCAUAUCUCGAAAUAUCGCUUUUCGCUGAUUAUUUCCAACUUGACCAAGAUGCUGCAACGAGUUAAUGAUCCUCAGCAGCAACCUCAACCGAGUCGUCCUCACGAUCCCGAACGAAUUUUUGAGUCUCUCAUCAUAAUUUUGCAAACACUUGAACGAUGUCUCUCCGGACAGACCAAAGACACCGCCCGUUACGAAGAAGCGAUGAACGUAAAGUUACUUUUACGCGAAAUUUGCCAAUUUAUCGAUGAGAAAAACGAAAGUAAUCCAAGUGCGCAAGCGUUAAAGGCUUUGGCAUCAAAAGUUCUCUUCGCACUGUCACAAAAUCACUUUACCGCGGUAUUUAAUCGCAUUUCGGCGAGACUACAAGAACUGUCGGCAUGUUGCGAAGAAAAUCCCGACUAUAGUGACAUCGAGCUAAUACAACACAUUGACUUGGAUGUGCAUAAAUUGACCAAAUUACUCACGGAAGCCAUCCAAAAAUUCAAGUUACUCAAAAAAUCCGCACAUUUAGUCCUUUUAACGUCCCUCGAGAAGGCGCUAUGGAACUGGAUCGAAUUUCAUCCGAAGGAAUUUGAGGAUUUACAACGAAAUCCGAACGAGGAACUCUCUAAAUGCAGCGAACAAUUCUUCGAUAUCCUCGAUUCGUAUGCGGAAAACAAGAAAAGUCGCUCUACUGUGUGGCCCCUUCAAAUAAUGUUGCUAAUUUUGAGCCCCAAGGUGUUGGAAGAGAUCGUAAAUGCUGACACAGGUGCCCCAUGUUCGCCACGUCACCUAAAAAAGAAACAUUUCAUGGACUUGAUUAAACGUAACCUGGGUCAGGCGUCGAAACAACUCACAGAAUCCGCUGCAAUUGCUUGCGUGAAACUUUGUAAGGCAUCAACUUACAUCAACAUCAACGAUUCGAACAACGUGACGUUCCAGCUGGUUCAAAGUGUGAUCAACGACUUGAAAUCCCUGCUUUUCAAUCCGUCAAAGCCAUUUUCGCGAGGUCAGGGCUACAAUAAUGCCGAUAUCGAUCUCAUGAUCGAUUGUUGGGUUUCCUGUUUCCGCAUCAAGCCACACAAUAAUGAAGCUCUCAAAGUAUGUCUUUUGAUGUCAUCGCCCCCGAGUUAUCAUUUUGUCAUCGUGAAUUCGCUUUAUAAGAUUGUGACGCAACCGCGACUUAGUUGGUGGCCUCAGAUAGAUUUGGUUUAUGCGCGAUCUGGGGAGCUACGAGCACUUUUUACGGAUACUUUGAACAAAGCAACGCAAGGAUAUAUUGCACAUACGCCUCUAAGGAUGAUCACUUCUCUCACGUUGAAGUCAAAAGACACCCAAAGUCGCUUAAAUCGCCCCGAGGAAGGUGUCGCCCAUCGACAACUUUUGUUACUUUUGGUCAGAUUAAUCCACGCUGACCCGAUGUUGAUGCUAAAUUCCCUUGGAAAAGCCGGGCAUGAAGUUCAAAGUUCAACAUUGGAGCUCAUUAAUGGUCUUGUGAGUCUCGUACAUCAACCAACGAUGCCCGAUGUGGCGCAAGAAGCCAUGGAAGCUCUCCUCGCAUUACAUGCCCCCGACAAAAUUGAGGUUUGGAACCCCGAAUCGCCGAUAAAUACCUUCUGGGAUGUCAGUUCUCAAGUACUUUUCUCCAUUUCGCAAAAACUCAUCCAACAUCAGAUCGGGAAUUACAGCGAUGUGCUUAAAUGGCUGCGGGAAAUCCUAAUUUGUCGCAAUAGUUUCCUUCAGAGACACAAAGAUUACGCAAAUGUUGGCAGUCAAAUCGCGAUUUGCCGUCAAGCCCAUAUCAAAUUGGAAGUUGUCUUCUUCAUGUACUUGUGGUCGAUCGAUUUGGAUGCGUGCAUGGCGUCCCUUUCGUGUUUCGGGCUUUUGUGUGAGGAAGCGGAAAUUCGAUCGGGAUCCGAUGAGUUGACAGUUCAGUAUAUUUUGCCGAAUUAUCAGAGUUUUCAGGAGCUGGCACAAGCUUCGAGUUCAUUAUCGACGGGAAAUGUUGAGUCGCGGUACUGCUUUUAUGAACAUACGCAAGGGCGACAGGCAUUGCAGAAGCAUAUUAUGUCGAUUUUACGCCGGAUCGAGCAUUGUGUGAACGGCGUACAGCCCGGAUGGGAAGAAACUUUCCGCAAUUGGGAGGGAAUGUCGAAGUUGCUGCAAACGUAUCCCAAGGGGAAACAAGAUGACGCACAAACGGAGGUCUUUCAUCGUACCAUGGGCAAACGGAGAGCAAGUCAUCAAAGCUCCGAACACGAUUUGGAGGAACAAAUCAUGGAAUGGAAAAAUAUGACGUGGUUCCUUCUCGCUUUGGGAGGCGUUUGUUUGCAACGCCCACGCACAAUUCGUUCGGGACAAAGCAAUUUGGGGUCGGCGAUGGGUUCUUUUGUGCAAUCAACGACGUCACUUUCGUCAACAACGAGUUCCGGGCGCGGUUCGAUGAUUUCGCAUCCCAUGUCGGUGUCGUCAAUUGUCUCCUCAAUCGGAGCAGGAGCUCAAGAAGUGCAAUAUUGUCCCGUUACACAGUUCAUUGGGCAACUUUUGCGUCUUUUGGUGUGCAAUAACGAGAAAUUUGGACCGCAAAUUCAAAAAUACGUCAAAGAACUCAUCGGAGAAGAAAUGUCGGCGCAACUUUAUCCAAUAUUAUUCGACCAAAUUCGAUCAAUUGUCGAGAAAUUCUUCGAUCAACAGGGUCAAGUCGUCGUUACGGACAUCAAUACGCAAUUUAUCGAACACACAAUUUACAUCAUGAAAUCCAUACUGGAUGGAAGGCAAAGUAAGGAUCACACGGAGCAACCAUCGUCGUCAGAACAUCUCGGAGUGACGAGUAUCGAAGGUAUGAUGUUGGCAAUUGUGCGUUUUGUGCGUCAUCUUGAUAUGACCGUGCAUGCCAUUCACAUAAAAACGCGAUUGUGUCAACUUGUCGAAGUCAUGAUGAAACGCAGAGAUGAUCUGGCGUUCCGACAAGAGAUGAAAUUCCGUAAUAAACUCGUGGAAUAUUUAACGGAUUGGGUUAUGGGCACGUCGCAUCAAAUUGCGCCGCCUUCCAGUGGCGAUGUUACAAUUAUUACGCGUGAUUUGGAUCAAGCUUGCAUGGAAGCAGUUGCUGCGUUAUUGCGAGGAUUGCCGUUGCAACCUGAAGAAUCGGAUCGGGGUGACUUGAUGGAUGCAAAAAGUGCGUUGUUCUUGAAAUAUUUCACACUUUUCAUGAAUUUGUUGAAUGAUUGCGUCGAUGGAUCGGAAGCUGACAAAGAUGCGAUAAUUGCGGUUCAUUCGCUGAGACCGAGAGUUGCUGCGGGAAAAUUGAGUGCGUUGAGGAAUGCGACAAUUCAGGCGAUGUCGAACUUGUUGAGUGCUAAUAUUGAUUCGGGAUUGAUGCAUUCAAUUGAUCUGGGUUACAAUCCUGACUUACAAACACGAGCAGCUUUCAUGGAAGUACUUACCCAAAUCUUGCAACAAGGAACAGAGUUCGAUACAUUAGCAGAAACUGUUUUAGCGGAUCGCUUUGAACAACUUGUUCAACUUGUGACAAUGAUCAGCGACAAAGGCGAACUCCCGAUAGCAAUGGCAUUAGCAAAUGUCGUUCUCUCGUCACAAAUGGAUGAAUUGGCGCGUGUUUUGGUAACAUUAUUCGAUGCCAAACACUUACUUUCCCCGUUAUUAUGGAAUAUGUUCUACCGCGAAGUAGAGGUUUCGGAUUGUAUGCAAACUUUAUUCCGUGGAAACUCAUUGGGGAGUAAAAUUAUGGCAUUUUGUUUCAAGAUUUAUGGCGCAAGUUACUUACAAGCGUUGUUAGAACCCCUCAUCAGACCAUUACUUGAUGAUCCAACGACGAGUUUCGAGGUUGAUCCUGCCCGUUUGGAAGCUAAUGAAGACAUCGAACUCAAUCGACGCAACUUAAUCGCUCUCACACAGAAGGUUUUCGAUGCAAUUAUCAGUUCUGCGGAUCGUUUUCCUCCCCAAUUGCGUUCCAUGUGUCAUUGUUUGUACCAAGUACUUAGCAAACGCUUCCCAACACAACUCCAAAACAACAUUGGCGCCGUUGGAACGGUAAUUUUCCUUCGUUUCAUCAAUCCAGCGAUUGUUUCGCCGCAAGAAACGGGCAUUUUGGACAAACAAGUCCCGCCGCAAGUGAAACGCGGUUUAAUGUUGAUGUCAAAAAUUCUUCAGAACAUUGCAAAUCACGUGGAAUUCACAAAAGAGCAACACAUGGUGUGUUUCAACGACUUCCUAAAAGCACAUUUUGAAGCUGGCCGAAGAUUUUUCAUCCAAAUCGCGUCAGAUUGCGAAUCUUUGGAUCAAACUGCGCAUAGUAUGAGUUUCAUCUCAGAUGCAAAUGUUUUAGCACUUCAUCGUCUUUUAUGGUCACAUCAAGAAAAAAUCGGCGAUUACUUAAGCAGCAGUCGAGAUCACAAAGCCGUUGGUCGAAGACCUUUCGAUAAAAUGGCAACACUUUUGGCGUAUUUGGGACCUCCGGAACACAAACCCGUCGAUUCUCACUUACUUUUUUCAUCGUACGCCCGCUGGAAUUCAAUUGACAUGUCCUCGACAAACUUCGAGGAGAUCAUGGUGAAGCACCAAAUGCACGAAAAAGAAGAAUUCAAAACACUCAAGUCGAUGAACAUCUUUUACCAAGCUGGAACAAGUCGUGCGGGACAUCCCGUUUUCUACUACAUCGCACGUCGUUACAAAAUUGGCGAGACAAAUGGCGAUCUCUUGAUGUAUCACGUCAUUUUAACGCUAAAACCCUUCUGUCAAUCACCUUUUGAGAUUGUCAUCGAUUUUACACACACCUCUUCGGAUAAUCGCUUCCGCACGGAAUACCUCCAAAAAUGGUUCUACGUCUUACCGAAAGUCGCUUACGAGAAUUUACAUGCCGCCUACAUCUACAAUUGCAAUUCAUGGGUUCGGGAGUACACAAAGUUCCAUGAUCGCAUUUUGGCGCCUUUGAAAGGUAAUCGUAAGCUAGUUUUUCUGGAUUCGCCGGCGAAGUUGAAUGAUGUCAUCGAUAUUGAGCAACAAAAACUGCCGGGAGCGACUUUAUCGUUGGAUGAGGACUUGAAAGUCUUCAAUAACGCCCUGAAAUUGAGUCAUAAAGACACAAAAGUCGCUAUUAAGGUUGGUCCAACUGCACUUCAGAUCACGUCAGCGGAAAAAACAAAAGUUCUUGCACACUCCGUACUGCUAAAUGACGUCUAUUACGCCUCAGAGAUCGAGGAAGUUUGUCUCGUCGACGAUAAUCAGUUCACGUUGUCCAUCGCAAACGAAAGUAGUCAACUGAGCUUCAUCCAUAACGAUUGCGACAACAUUGUGCAAGCAAUUAUCCACAUCCGGAACCGCUGGGAGCUCAGUCAACCAGAUUCAGUAACAGUUCAUCAAAAAAUUCGCCCGAAAGAUGUCCCCGGAACACUUUUGAACAUGGCAUUGUUGAAUUUGGGCAGUUCUGACCCGAAUUUACGAACUGCAGCGUAUAACCAAUUAUGCGCUUUGACAGCAACGUUCGAUCUGAAGAUCGAAGGACAACUUUUGGAGACUUCUGGGUUGUGUAUCCCGUCGAAUAACACAAUUUUCAUCAAGGCAGUUAGCGAAAAACUCGCAACGAAUGAACCACACUUGACUCUGGAGUUUUUGGAAGAAUGCAUUCAAGGCUUCCAACGCAGCACAAUCGAGCUGAAACAUUUGUGUCUCGAAUACAUGACGCCGUGGCUCCCGAACUUGGUGCGACACAAGACAACGGACGAGAUGAAACGUCGCAAAGUUUCGCAAAUUUUGGAAAAGUUGAUAAAUUUGACGGUUGAACAGCGGGAGAUGUAUCCGUCGAUUCAGGCAAAAAUUUGGGGAUCAAUUGGACAAAUACCGGAAUUAAUCGACAUGGUGUUGGAUAAUUUCAUCCAGAAAAGUGUCGCAGCUGGUUUGGGAACAAUUCAAGUGGAAAUUAUGGCAGAUACGGCAGUUGCUUUGGCAUCGGCGAACGUUCAGCUCGUCGCGAAGAAGGUAAUUGGGCGAUUGUGUCGCGUCAUUGACAAAACUUGCACAUCGCCGUACCAAUAUCUCGAGCAGCACAUGUUAUGGGACGAUAUUGCGAUAUUGGCGCGUUACCUGCUCAUGUUGUCGUUCAACAAUUGCUUGGAUGUCGCACGACAUUUGCCCUAUUUGUUCCAUAGCGUGACAUUUCUCGUGUGUACGGGCAGUCUUUCGAUGCGCGCAUCCACGCACGGGCUCGUCAUCAACAUCAUCCACUCCCUAUGUACCUGCACAAAACCGUCCUUUUCGGAAGACACGCAGCGCGUUCUUCGUCUCUCCUUGGAUGAAUUUUCACUCCCCAAAUUUUACCUUCUCUUCGGCAUCAGCAAAGUAAAAUCCGCAGCAGUUACGGCAUUUCGCAGUAGUUGUCGUCACCCGAAUGAUCGAUGGCUCGGCAAUGAACGUGUUUCGCAAAACCCGCCGGCAGAUCGUGAAAGACUCGCCUUGCCAUCGUUGGAAGUCAUCACAGAUGCGCUACUUGAGAUAAUGGAAGCUUGCAUGCGAGACAUUCCGGAUUGUGAUUGGCUUCAGACGUGGACUGCGCUUGCGAAGAGUUUCGCCUUUUGCUAUAAUCCGGCGUUGCAACCGCGAGCGUUAAUUGUUUUUGGGUGCAUCACGAAAACCAUCACAGAUCAAGAUGUCAAGCAGUUAUUGAGGAUUUUGGUCAAGGCGUUGGAGUCUUUUAAUAUUGUCUUGCUCGAAGCUCUUGUCAUGUGUCUCACGCGAUUGCAACCGUUGUUGAGACCAGAAUCGCCAAUUCAUAGGGCUCUCUUUUGGGUAGCUGUUUCAGUAUUACAGUUGGAUGAAGCAACGUUGUAUGCCGCGGGAUUGGCAUUGUUGGAACAAAAUUUGCAUACGCUUAGUUCGCAGGGAUUGUUCGAUAAACAGAACUUGGCUGACGUAAUGAUGAGUACACGUGAACCGCUGGAAUGGCAUUUCAAGCAACUAGAUCACGCGGUAGGCUUGAGCUUCAAAAGUAACUUCCAUUUCGCCCUUGUUGGACAUUUAUUGAAGGGCUUCCGUCAUCCAACUCCAACAACAGUCUCCCGAACAUCUCGUGUACUCGCGAUGUUACUUGCAAUUGUCGCCAAACCCUUAAGACGCGAUAAAUUUGAAGUCACCGCUGAUAGUGUGGCCUAUUUAACGGCUCUUGUUUGCGUUUCUGAUGAAGUAAGAUCACGUUGCCAUGUCAAACAUUCGAUUCCCCGAUGGCCUGAAGCGCCCAACGAAGCGAUGAUUGAUCCUCCAAGCGGUCAAAAUGUUCGUCGACAGAAAUCGUGGGAUAUGUUGGAUCAAAGUGCCAUCACAUAUGCUCGUCAACACAAAGUUCAACCACAUCAGGAACCGGCAAUCAAGGGAGGCAAAUCGUGGCGCAGUCUCGACUUGAGUCACAAUCCAAGUAGUUCGAGUGGCGCAUCCUCUGCCGUCACGAUAUCCAAUUUUAGUAGUAGUAGUAGUACUGGCGCGACAACACAAAAUUCUCUCCUCACAGUUAGCUCGCAUCGCAAUCAUUAUGAUUUUAAGACGCGUCGCUCGUCGUCCGAGCCGGUGCACGACCAGCAGGUUUUCCUGAGUGCCUUCGGUUCGGCGGAGAACGCGACGACGUCAACAUCGAGCACUGCGUCGACCUCGUCGAAAGUCCUUACUCCCACAAACAGUAAAGACGCGACUUGCGAUUUAUUACCCGAGGACGAUGUUCCGUCAAAAGAAGACCGUUUUAUUGAUUGUCUACAAAAUAUGACAGACAUAAAUAAAGAACGUGGGUCCCGUGCUUCAGUUUCGAACGAGUCGAAUGUCUUGUUGGACCCCGAAGUGCUUCCGGAUCCGUCAACACAGGCCUUGGUCCUUACCGUACUCGCAACAAUGGUCAAGUAUUCCACAUCUGACGAGGAAACGCGUGUCCUGUAUCAAUAUCUGGCGGAAGGGUCUGUCGUUUUUCCAAAAGUUUUUCCAGUUAUUCACUCACUUUUGGAUCAAAAAAUCAACAAUGUCCUGUCGGUGAUCAAUAACGAUCAGGUCAUCUUGGCUUCCGUGCAAAGUAUCAUCCAGAACAUGUUGGCAUCCGAGGAUUCGGGACAGCAGCCAUUGCAUUUCUUGCAAACUUGUGGAUUUGGAGGGUUAUGGAGGUUUGCGGGACCAUUCACAAAUUGCAACAUGAUGGUCGAAUCAUCCGAGCUUUUCGUCAAUUGCCUGGAAGCAAUGGUCGAAACUUGCUUAUUUAGUGUUGAGGAAACACCUCCGGUUCCUCUCUCACCGCGACCAUACAACUUGAGCUCGAGUUUGAGCAGCUUAACGCUCGGCUCGCCAACGGACAAAGCAUUCUCUUCGGAGUCUUUGGAACAUCACGAGAUCGGCAGUAUUAGUUCACUCAGACGUGGAUCAUUCUCAAAGCCAAAAUCUGCAUUUGCAUUAAAAUAAGCAAACAUUGAAUUAUUAACUGUCUAAAAAAAUUAAAAAUAUAUAUAUUACCUUAAUAAGCAAAGCACACCAUUUUUUUAAAAACAGAAAAGAAAGUUUAUACCUAAAAAUAAAGAAUGAUGAAGGACAAAAAAGAAAAAAAUAUCAUUUAUACACAAAAAAGAAUUACAAACAUAUUAAAUGUAUAUUAAUGUUGAAUAUUU